AUGAUGAACACGCAAGACCGGGAUUCGCUCAUCGACAUCUACUUCGGGAGACUGAAUCCACUACUACCAAUAGUGGACGAAGCCACUUUCCGGAAAACCGAGAGGAAAUCUCCGCUUGUCAUGAGUGCGAUGUGCUUGGUAGCUUCUCGAGACAACAAGGCAAGACGCUACUUACGUUUCUUGGAGAGCUCCGAACCGCUCACACCGCGACUAUUCGCAUCCAGAGUAUACGCUUCUCUGCGCUGGGGGAUUCAAAUGGAACGCGAGCGAAACAAGAUCAACCUGAUACAGAUCUUGGCCUUGCUGUCACUGUAUUCUGAGGGUCCAGAAGGAACGGUAGACGCGUCUAUGCACCUAUCGCAAGCGAUACAUCAUGGCCAGACCAUCGGACUACAUCUAGGUCGCUCCAGCGGACACGGUAGCAGCCAGACACGACUGUUCUGGGCUCUGUGGGUCCUCUCCAACUUCAACGCAGCUUUGAACGGAAGACCGCGUCAGAUCUUGGAUCUUGAUAUUGGGCUCAAAUUAGAAGAAGCAUACGAAGUCUCCGCACCAGGAACAAGGAUAUUGCUUGCCAUCUCGCAGUUACUCACUCGAAUCAUCGGCCUCUACCAACCUACAGCUGCCCUAGACAUCAUGGGUAUUGAGGAGGAUUAUGAGAGCUUUGAAAAUAUCAUAGAUCGAUGUGGUGCUUGGGAUCUUGAUCCGAAUGUUCUAACAUCCUUGGAGAUUUACUACCACGGCGUGGCAAUCAUAUCCCACCGCGCUCGCGCUACUUCCCGACCAUUGCUUCCAACACCUUCAAGCCUACGGCAGGAACUCUCAGCCUUGCAAAUCGUCACCAUACUCCGUCAUGUCUCCCCCAGAAGCCUGGUACCGCUACCCCUCAUACCUUACGGCAUUGCACUCGCCGUGUCCACCUUCUACAACCAACUCCGUUCCGCCCGCAGCCAGAUUAAACGCACAGCUGCUCGUGAGCACAUAGACAGCUGUGUACAAGCUCUCGAGCAACUGAGCGAAUGGUCACAGCCAGCGAAAAACAUGGCAAUGCUGGGACGCAAAGCACUGGAGCAAACGGCACAUGUGGCUGCCGUGACAGUGUCGCCAGAGGUGCAUCGUACAUCACGAGCGCAUGCUGGACCUGCAGAGUGGCGGCCUGCGGGACCACCACAUCAUCAGAUCGAUCAAGCUGGUAUGCAGCAGCACAGUGCUUCUGCCUCGCUGGGUGGUCAUCAGCCACAGCCCGAUGGUGGGCUGAGCGGCUUUGAUAUCGCUUAUGACGAGUUGAUGGAUAUGGAUGCUGUGUUUGGCGACUUCUUGAACAUGAACUUGCCCGAUUUUGGCAUGCCGUUUCAGUGA